AUGGAGGAUGACUACCCCGAGGUCCAGGACCCGUUAUUAGAAAUAAAUGUAGGGACCGAGCCCGAACCAUGGCCUCUUUUUGUAAGCCAGCUUUUGAGCCUUGAAUUAGCAGCCGAGAUUAUCGGCCUACUUCAUGAAUAUAAGGAUUGUUUUGCUUGGAAUUAUCAUGAGAUUCUUGGAUUGCCAAGAAGUUUGGUUGAGCACGAGCUAAAAAUUAGGGAGGUGUUUAGGCCUUUCCAACAGUCGCCGAGGCGAUUCUCGACCGAAGUACAGCUUAAGGUCAAAGAGGAAAUUGAACAGCUCCUUAAAGCCGGCUUGAUCCGCAUGGCUCGGUACGUUGAGUGGUUGGCUAACAUUGUACCGGUGUUGAAAAAGACUGGGGCUUUGAGGGUUUGCACCGACUACAGAAAUCUAAACCUCGCGACCCCCAAGGACGAGUAUCCCAUGCCUAAGUCCGACCUCCUGGUGGACGGAGCCGCGAAGCACGAGGUCUUGUCUUUCGUGGACGGCCACGCUGGUUACAACCAGAUCUUCAUAGUCGAGGAAGAUGUCCACAAGACGGCGUUCAGAUGUCCAGGCGCAAUCGGGACUUAUGAAUGGGUAGUCAUGACAUUCGGCCUGAAGAACGCCGGCGCGACGUACCAACGAGCUAUGAACCUUAUUUUCCACGACCUAAUUGGCCGAACCGUUGAAGUCUACAUCGACGACGUUGUUGUAUAG